CACAAGCACGUCAGUCCGGAGGCUAAUGCUAAGCUAACGCGCCACUGACAGUACGUGUCGCAGCUCGCGUUUCUUCCCGAAUUUGUCGUCCUGGCCCGCGUCCACCCGCUUGAUCCCGUGUUCUGGUUCUUGUCUGGGAUGUAUGGAUGGAUAGUUGACGGCAUCUCAUCGCUGUUUGAGCCCCUCGCUGGGCAGAAGUUGACCGAGUGUCCGGCGGAGGAGAGCGGCCGGAGCGGGAGCAGCGUGCGCGGGGGGAGCAGCGGCAGAGCGGCUAAACGGAGCUACCACAGCAUCGACAUAAAUGAAAGCGUUUACAAAAGUGAGGUGGAGGUCAAGCGACGGAAGCGAGAUGUAGUCCUCAGCUUCGUCAAGAAGACCGUAGCUGGAGUAGCAGGUCUCCUUAGGUUACGGAGACCAGUAAAGAGUGACUACCAACACUCCCAUUAUGAAGACACUCAGCUUGUUACCCCGAUGGGGAUAGAUGAGCUCCACACCUCCUGCAUUACCAAGUCCGACUGGAUAAUGGAUAAACCAGGUGGAGCCAAGAAUCCCUUCAAAACCUCCUCUCCUCCUUUGAUGAGGAAGCAUGGUGGUGGUCUGCCGGAGAGAAGAGGCUCCCUCCAGCUGCUCUCGUCCAGACCCACUCUGAGGCUGGGGGCCAACCCUGUGGACCCCUUGAGCUCCAACCAUGGACACAACCGCUGCUACAAGCCCAGUCUCACCGUGGAGGAGACUAUUAGACAAAAUAACAAAGAACACUACAGACGUUUGCUGGAGAUGGUGUCAGAAAAGUACAGCAAGAAUCAACCACUACCUUUUAACCAAUCAAAGCCACAAGAUGAGUUAUCAUCCAAAACAGAACAUGCAGCUGCCCACAAGCCCUUUGGCCCCAAGAAGACUGGACAAACUGUGGGCUCUGCUGUAUUUACAUGGAGGAACCAAACUCCGAGGGGCAGAUGGUGCGCUGCCACUUUUAGUAACUCAUUCAUUGGGCCUGUUGAAGACGCACAACAUGCAAGGAUCACCAAGCAGAAGCAGAGCGCAGAGGUGGACCUGUCUACUGAAGUGGCCACUCGGCUAAACCUGGUGGACAAAGCACCUCCUGCUGCCGUGUGCCUCCCGGAGCCCUUCUCUGCUCACAGCACAGUACACGGCCGAUACACUGAGGAAGACGUGCCCAGACUCAGCAAGGAAAUGGCCGCUGAAGUGAGCUCUGCUUUGUCUCAGAGGGAUCCCAAUCUGGUGUUAAGUGCUGCUUUUAAACUGCGCAUCACUCAAAGGGACUUGGCCACGCUGCAGGAAGGAGGCUGGCUCAAUGAUGAAGUGAUAAACUUCUACCUGUCCCUGGUGAUGGACAGGAGCGCUGGAGGAGGGCUCAGGGUGUACUCCUUCAGCACGUUCUUCUUCCCUAAACUGCAGGGGCAGAGCGGGGGGCACGCCGCAGUCAAGCGCUGGACCAAAGCCGUGGACCUGUUCCUCUGUGACCUCAUCCUGGUUCCUCUGCACCUGGGCGUCCACUGGGCACUGGCAGUGAUCGACCUCAAAUCCAGGACUGUGAAGACCUACGACUCGAUGGGGCAGAGGCAUGACGACAUCUGCAAACUGUUACUAUUCUACAUUCAAGAGGAGCACAAAGUGAAGAAAGGCCGAGACCUGGAUGUCAGUAAAUGGACCGUCUGUAGCAUGAGGCCCAGUGAGAUUCCCCAGCAGAAGAAUGGUAGCGACUGUGGUGUCUUCGCUUGUAAAUACGCAGACUAUAUAGCAAGGGAGCGACCUCUUACCUUUAAACAGUGCCACAUGCCGCUCUUUCGAAAGUUGAUGAUUUGGGAGAUUCUCCAUCAGAAGCUGCUCUAAAAAUUGACAACCGCUUUUGAAAACCACACAGGAAUUGAAUGAAUUAAUGAAUGAAUGUAUGUUUAAAAAGAAUACACUUAUGGGCCAAAGAUGUGGACAUUUUUCUUUAUAAGUCUUAACAAUUUUGUAAGUCUGUUUCAGUGUAUGAGAUGAUUCCAUAAUUGUUUCUCUAAGUUUUAAUUGGAGAAUAAUUUGAUGGGAUUGAUGGGGUGUUACACGCUGGGGUGCUACUACUGACGUUUGCAGUCUCAAGUGCCUUCCGUCCUAAGCAAAUUUGUUUUUAAAUUUUAAAUUAAGAACAACUAAUUGCGGUAUCAUCCUAUUAAAACGUGUUGUGAGAUUAUUUAGUAUUUUAUUUAUAGAAUGACUGAAUCGUUGGGAGUGUAAAUAGCUGCUGUUAGGGGCUAAAAUGUGAAGCUUUACAUUUUAUUUUGGAAGAGAGAGGCUGUUCUUGGUUUUACAUUUAUUACUGUAAUUAAUUAGCAUUCUACUGUAAAAAAGCUGCUUUUUUUUUUGGUUUUGUUUUAAUUAAUAUUUUCAAAUGUGACAUGCUCUAUGGCUCUACUGCCUAUGACUGUAAUAAAGAACUUCUCUGUAA